GUCUUGGUCCUGGGGCCUCUUGCUCGUGAGCCCGCGGGCUGCACAGGGCCGCUCGGCUGCGCCGGGCUGGCGGGGUUAUGUGCGUGUGGACGCCAAGGCCUGAGCCCCGGGAGGGACCUUCCCGCGGGCGGGCGGCGCCUUCUCGGGGGGACCCCAGCCCGGGGGGUCGGCUCUGCACCCCAGCACCUCGCGGCCGCCUUCUGGGGACCUGCCCGCGGGAAGGUUAGACUCGAACCGCCCCAGGGUAAAUAACACGUAUCCAGUUUAAGAAGCAGCUUUCAGAACUUAGGGGAUAGAUGGGGCUUGACCUCUGCUGGGCAGCCCCCAGUGACAGCCAUCCCGUGCUUAGAAGAGAUGACUGCAGAAUUAAGGGAGACCAUGGCCCUGGCCUCAUGGGGACCGGUGACUGUGAAAAAGGAGGAGGAAGAAGAGGAAAACUUCCCUGGGCAGGUACCUGGCCAGCCAAUGCACUCCGAGAACAUCAGUGUCUGGGCUCCCGGGGAAGGGGCUUCAGCAGACCUUGACAUGGCAGAGCCAGUUGGAGAGGGCCCGAACAUUUUCUGGAACAUGGCGGUGAUACUGAAAGCUGCACAGGACGCACCAGCUGCGUCCCUAUAUGGUAGAUGCUCCUUUCCCAGGACCCUGACCAAGAGCGAGAGGCUGGACACUCAUGGGAACAUCAUGUUGCCAGGCGUUGAAACCCAGAGUCCCCAAUUAUUGGUUUCAAAAACUGAGACAUGCGAUGAGGCAGAAAGAAUCCAGAAGUUGGGCCCUCGGGAAUUUGAGUUAGGAGAAACCGGUGGAAAUGGGAGCAUGCUUAAACAGCAGAGAAUAAAGAGGGAAAAGGAGGAGCUCAGAGACGUGCCCGGCAAAGACCGUCAUCUGUCUGAAAGCCUCAAAGAAGAGAAAGACCAGCAAGGUCUGAAGUCUGGGGAAAGACAUGGCCUGAGUCCCGGCCCUGUGAAAAAUGCAAAAAGCCAGCCGGGGCAGAAGCCUUUCACCUGCAGUGUGUGCGGAAAGGGCUUCAGUCAGAGCGCCAACCUGGUGGUGCACCAGCGUAUCCACACGGGGGAGAAGCCCUUCGAGUGUCACGAGUGCGGGAAGGCCUUCAUCCAGAGCGCCAACCUGGUGGUGCACCAGCGCAUCCACACGGGGCAGAAGCCCUACGUGUGCGCCAAAUGUGGCAAGGCCUUCACCCAGAGCUCCAACCUGACCGUCCACCAGAAGAUCCACUCCCUGGAGAAGACCUUCAAGUGCAGUGAAUGCGAAAAGGCCUUCAGUUACAGCUCGCAGCUGGCCCGCCACCAGAAGGUGCACAUCACCGAGAAAUGCUACGAGUGUAACGAGUGCGGGAAAACGUUCACGCGGAGUUCCAACCUCAUCGUCCACCAGAGGAUUCACACGGGCGAGAAGCCCUUCGCCUGCGGUGACUGCGGCAAAGCCUUCACCCAGAGCGCCAACCUGAUUGUGCACCAGCGCAGCCACACGGGCGAGAAGCCCUACGAGUGCAAGGAGUGCGGGAAGGCCUUCAGCUGCUUCUCGCACCUGAUCGUGCACCAGAGAAUCCACACCGCCGAGAAGCCGUACGACUGCAGCGAGUGUGGCAAAGCCUUCAGUCAGCUCUCUUGCCUUAUCGUGCAUCAGAGGAUUCACAGCGGCGACCUGCCGUACGUGUGCAACGAGUGCGGGAAGGCGUUCACGUGCAGCUCCUACCUGCUCAUCCACCAGCGCAUCCACAACGGCGAGAAGCCAUACACAUGCGGCGAGUGUGGCAAGGCUUUCCGGCAAAGGUCCAGCCUCACCGUGCACCAGCGAACCCACACCGGGGAGAAGCCCUACGAGUGUGAGAAGUGUGGGGCGGCUUUCAUUUCCAACUCGCACCUCAUGCGGCACCACAGGACCCACCUCGUGGAAUAACGGGAGAGGGGA